AUGCACCUGUCGACGGGAGUCGACCGCGAGAUGGUCAUUGCAUUAGCAGGGACAUGGCCCCCGCGCGGCAGACGUGCGUGGGGGGGAAGGCGAGCCGCAUUGUCUUCGGCGACCACGCCGAGCGGCGCUGGUUUGACGCGGAGGCGGACGAGUCGGUCUUCCGCGCCCAGGUCUCCGAUGACGGCCUCUCCAAGACGCGGGGGCAAUGGGCGGGCGUCGUCGAGCGCGGGCGCCCUGAGAGCUCUGUUCUGUGGAAGACGCAGUCUGGCGGCCCCGGGGCCAACGCGCUGGGCCCGGGCGCCAUCGAGAAGACCAACUGGGCGCCAGUCCUGAAGGGCCGCCUGGAGAACAGGAAGGUGACCCUGCGCUCUGACGGAGCCCGCAGCUACAAGAUUCGCGCGUCGGGCAUCGUGCGCGGCCGCGCGGUGCACUGCGAGGAGAGGAAGAAAAUGGGCGGGAAGCGGGCGCGGUUGAAGCCCAUCUACUCGAAGGUUGCCACCCGCAAGUUGCCUGGCGGCUCCACGAUCAGGGCCAAGGCGGCGACCCAGAUCAUCGACCCCGCAUGGGGAUCCAUCAAGGCCCUCAUCGGCGCGCGCUCAGCUCGAACGCUGGACAGGGGCGAGGACCUGCGGGCGGCGACCGCGAACGCAAUCUGGGAGGUCAUGCACUCGGCGUGCUGA